GUAAAAAAUACACAGCUCUCACAUCACCAAGUGGUACCAUGGGACGAACAUCUCUUCAAUGGCCGAUCUUUCUGACCUCACUGCUGAGCUGCACAACAAACCAAGCUGGUCUGACUGUGAGUCCCAGCAGCUCUCAGCUGUUUGAAGACGAGUCUGUCUCUCUGAGCUGUGAGGAGGACGACAGCUCUGCUGGAUGGACGCUGAGGAGGAACACAACUGAAGGACGGAUGUCUCAGUGUGGAGCUGGCUGGGGAAAACCUGCUGGUUCUUCCUGUAAGAUCAGCCACAUGGUCCCAUUGGACAGUGGAGUUUACUGGUGUGAGUCCAGAGAGGGAGCAACCAGUAACACCAUCAGCAUCACUGUCACUGGUGGACCAGUGAUCCUGCAGAGUCCUGUCCUCCCUGUGAUGGAGGGACAUGAUGUCACUCUGCACUGUAAACCAAAGACCCCUCCCUCCGACCUCCCAGCUGCUUUCUAUAAAGAUGGCUCCCUCAUCAGCGCUGAGCCUACAGGUCACAUGACCAUCCACCAUGUUUCCAAGUCUGAUGAAGGCCUCUACAAGUGUAACAUCAGCCGUCACGGAGAGUCUCCACCCAGCUGGAUCUCUGUCACAGGUAAACCGACAACCACAGCCCCGCCCCCUGUAUCUGCAGCCCCGCCCCCUGCCUCAGCCCCCCUCCAGCUUGUGUUCAGACUGGUCUGCCACCUGGUGGUGUUCUGUCCGUACUGCAUCUCCACUGUCCUCAUGGUGUCUUUAUGUCGACGCAGGCCCACAGAAAAUGACCUGCCCGUCUCCAUGGCGAUGACCCCGCCCACCCAGGCUGAGCAGGGAUUGGAUGAUGACUUUGAUGAUGUCAUCACUGCUGUCACCACAGAGCAUCACUUCUGAGCUGAAUAAGAAUUACACUGUAAAACAUUGUGAGCUGCGAGUGAACUGAACUAAAGUUGAAUAAUUCGCUGAAAGUCGGCUGAUGAGUUUUUGUUAUAAAACCAACCGAGUUCGCUGAACUCGAGAAAACGAGUUCAAAAGAUAUGAAGUUGGUUUUUAAGGCUUCUCCCAGUGAAGCCAUUGAGUUUCAUGUGUUCGGGGCUGAACUUGAGUCCAGCCUUCAUCGUGGUUAACACACACACACACACACACACACACACACACACACACACAGUGACUGAAACAGGACAGUAACACUUUAGAUGAGGAAUCCAGAACAACCAAGUGUUGAAAACAGCAUGUUUAUGUUGUUGACUUUGUUCCAUUAAAAAGAUGGAAAUGUA